UUUGUUCUUGUCAAAAGAGCCAAGAACCAAUUGAAUUACUCAGACUUGAUGGAGCUUGAUGAUGGUACGUGAUGAUGAUGUCAACUGUUUGGACAUUCUCAACUUUUACAGAUUGUCAGAAUGUCAAUGCCCCAGCUUUUUGUAAUGUUUUGUCUUUCUUGUUCAAUCAGAUGAAGAUUUUGCCUGUAUGAAAGGGCCUUCCAGCAAGAAAGCUCGGGUCCUUGUCAAAGAACCACAGAGAGACAAGAGUCUGCAUCAAUCAAGCAAAUCUUUCGGUCAGGAUUCAAAGAACAUGUAGGCCUAUAAUUUGUUUUUUGUUUUUUAAAUAGAAAACCUAUUGCUACAUAUGUUUUGUAGGUGUAACACAGAAAAACAUAUUCACACACUGCCAACAAAGUCAGGCACUAUUUUAUCAGUGUGCAGGUAGGCUGGUAAUAGACAGUCACUGUUUUGUGUUUGUGUGUGUUUCAGAUUGUCUUUGGAUGACAAAGAGAAUGAAGUGGGUUCACAAGCAUCCUGUUCUCUCUCAGUGCUCCAAAUAGCUGUAGUUGUAGAGAAAGCACCCAGUGGAAUAAGUAUGUUCAGUGGUCCUUUUAUAAAGCCUUUAUGAACAUAAAUUAUUUAAAGAAACAUAGUACCAUGUCAAACCUACUGUAUAACAUCUCAGACAGAGCUGAACAUGCUGUAAAUCAUGACACAACAUUAACAGUAAACCCUGCCUAUAGUCUCUGUGUUCUAUUGACUUUAUCUCUCUCUCCUAGGCCUUCUUGAGGUCACAAGUGAGAGGGGAUCCAAUGUCAACCCCUCCAGCCAGAGACGGGCAGCUAUCAAAGCUAAAGAUCAACAGAGAUCCAUACUGAAGGUGGAGAGGAUGAGCCAGGGUGAGAGUGGGCGGGAGGAUAAGGAUUACCAGCCUACCUGCACACCAGGUAGCCACCAUCUGUCAUCAUAUUCAGUGUGUUAAUGCCCUCAAAUUGUAUUCAUUUUGUUGCACUGCAUAGCAGUGUUUUGAUUUACCUUGUGUUAAACUGUGAAUAACAUAUGUGGAAACAUGAUGCUUAAUUACAAUCCUAUUACUAAACCGUCAUUCUUACAGACUCAGAGAGUGAGCAGAGUUUUGAUGAGGAGGAUGAGAGCGAUGAGGAGUUCACUGCAAAGAAAGUGGGAAAGGGGGAAACGGGGAAGAAAAACAAAACAGCUCAACCUCCAGCCUCUAAGAAAGCAGAUGAAAAGAAGCUUAAAAAAUUCCCCAAAAGCAAAUUACAAUCCACCUCAGGUGCUUCUCUGAUUCACCUUAUCGAAUUCCAUAAAUAAGGAAUGUUCACCCAAUUAUUUUGGAUGUAAAGUAUAUUGUGCUUACAUUACUCCCACCACAGAGAGUUGUAGUCUGACUCCAGCUACAUCAACGCCUGUGUCAACUCAGAGGAAGCUUGAUGCCACUCCCACGUUACCUGCUAGACCAUCCCCUAUCAGCCCAGUAGGGGGCAGGCUUCCAAAGUGGAAUCCACCAGGUGAGGCUCAGUGACACAAUUGGAGAUUCUCUACUGGGCAAAAGUCUGUCCUCUCCUCGACUCCUCCGUGGUCCGCGACCCGGAAACCGAUAAGUGGUCGAGGAGAGUGUCAAUUCGUUAGUAGGCAAACCGAAGAGUAAGCUUCCCUCCUCGAUUACCGACUUCAGCAAAGGAUUCACAAGAGUAUCUUCCUGGCGGCUAGCGCUGAAGUGUUUUAAAACCCGCCACACCUAAUUUGAAUCAGCAGGUGUUAUUUCGAAAGAAAAGCAUGCACACAUUUCUAAAUGAUACGCUACUUGUGCUUUUAUCUAUAAAAUGUAUUGCACAACUAGCUACAUUUGAUUUGAUCACUUUACACAUUUAUUUGGGGAUUCCACCACUGUAAACAUAAUUUGCCUGAUGACGCGCGAGUGGAGAAGGAGAGUCUCAUUUCAUGCAAGCGCAUUUGUGUCCACGUUUCCUCUCCUCGCCUCUGCUCCUCGAUUACCUUGACCUUUUUCAAAAGCAGGCGAGGAGAGGACGGAGGAGAGGAGGCAAGGAAAAAUCCAAUUGAGAUUCUCCCUAUAUAUGUGUGUCUGUGUGGCUUAAUUCAACUCUCUGUCCUUUAUCACUAGCACAGAGUGGAAUAAGUCCCAGCUCAACCGCAAAUUCCACCACGAAGUCCCCAGGACAAGGCUUGCGACUGGGACUGUCCCGCUUAGCAAGGGUCAAACCCCUGCACCCCACUGCUAGUGGAAACUGACUAUUGCCCUACUAAACAGAGAGAAGUCAGAAUCUUCUUCUUUGGUGUAAUGUGUGUUUAGCCUGUUACUCUUGUGUUGCAUUGCUAAUAUUGAAAUUC